GAAGAUGGUCGUCUCCUUCCGGUUCCGCCGAAACCGGCGGGUUCUUUUUUCCCGCGGGCCCGCGGAAUGAGGCUCCGGCUCGGCGCAAGAGCAGCGCGGGAAGUGGAGCCACCAUGGAUGCAAAGGAACUCCAACGGGAGCAGCUGGCCAAAGCGCGAAGGACCAUCCGCGAACACCGAGCCAGGCAAACGCAGUUUCCAGCCAAGCGCUUGUCAGUGGCGUCCGCUUGCACAACGCGGUCUCAGAAAUACCAGUAUCUCGCGGAGCCCUUUGUCGAAUCGAGCCUCUUCGAGUUUGGGACGGGCGUCGUCAUCGUGUAUAGCACGCUGACGAUGAUGCUGGAGGUGGAUCAAGUGGAGGUUCCAUUCUUGAUCAACUUUUCUGAAAGCUUCCUGACCUCAUUCUUCCUCUCAGAGUGGUUGGUUCGAUUGUCCGUGCAUGGGCCGUCCUGGCUGCGUUCCAUCGAGAACUUGCUCGACACGUUCAUUGCGUGGAUCCCUGGAGUCUUGACCGUGUGGUUCUUGCAGCCCUUGGUCGCGGAGUCCACCGGCUUUCUGAAGACGAUGCGCAUCGUCCGAAUGCUGCGGCUGCUUCGGUUAGCCAGCGCCUCUAAGGAACUUGCCAAUGAUGCAAGACCUCUGGAUGCUGGUUCGUGGGCUUUUAAAAAGUGGAAGUACCUUGGUUUCAGCCUUGGUCCUCAUUAUCUUCACUUUGUAUGUCUUCGGCAUUGCCGCCGUCGAUCUGAUCGGAAAGGCCGACUACACUGGUGCUGCCGAGGAUGUGCAGGUGGCGCAGCAACGCUUCUUCGGUC